AUGCCUCCCGUAAAGUUUUCAAGAAAAUGGAACGUCGAUCACCAGUCUGACCUUCAACAGCCUGAGGAAGCCUUCAAAAAUUCCUUCAACAGAGCUUAUAAUCGGCAACAAAAACGCGGGCAAAAGACCGACUUCAGUGAUGCCGUUGAUGGUUAGUCACCAAGAUUUUGGGGACUAACCAUCAACGGUACUGUCCCUGAUAGCAUUCUAGGCGCCAGGGCUGGCCCGGUCACCUGGCCGCGGGCUAAUUCUGCGAUUGGCUCAAACUUUUCGGCAGUCUUGGCAGACACUGUGCGCGCAGUAAUUCUUUCGUGUGACUGACUGCAGGAAAUUUACGCGCCCUCUUAGGCUGGUUGGGGGAGGGUUUUUGCACGCGUACGCACAUAAAAGUGCCCUGUGUGUGUGGCUGAAGUCGAGUGUCUAGUCAAGCCACUCAAGUCAGGAAGUGUCGGGUCCCUAUUGAAGUCGACUAUGCAUUUUCACCCCAGCAGGAGAGUGGUACCGUCAGUGAGACACUGAAGUGCCACGGAGGUGGGCGACAGAACUAACACGCAAAUGCGUGAAGGUAAGCGUCGGGGAGGGGAUGUGGCAGUGACGAUGAUGUCAUUGCGAAGACAAAGCAAAGUCAGCCCAAUAGAUUACUAGGUCUACACUCACUUGCAAAUUAAAGCCGAUAGCAGAUGUCUAUAGAUCCAUAGAUCUAUGCAGAUCUAUAGAUCUGGGCGGCAAAAUGUUAUCAGGAGCACAUUAGUAUUCAAAAUUAGGGAUUGCUUACCUGUGUUUGUCAAAUUCAUAUUAAAUUAAAACUCAUUCAACUUUCACUCCAACAUACAUGUUUUCCUGCAACAUGUCAGAUGAUAGAGACGUUCAGACUGACUACUGGGAUGAUGGUUUCGCCGCACAGCCAUAAGACGGUAGGCGGUCAACAUGCGGCACCACGCCUAAUGUGCACAACCAACGAGACCAACAACGAGACAGCUGAAUCGACCAAAUAAAACAAAUCAGAGCAAAAAAAUAUAACUUGAGUCUGCUUAGUAACGGCAGUGUUUACAAUGAAAAAAUGCAUGCAUACCAAACUUGCUAUCACCAGUGCCUACCUUUAGUCGUCCCUUCCUCAAUCUAGCAGAUCUACCUGGUGGCACCUGUCAUCAAUGACAGUCGGAGUUAUUGGAAAUCGCGAAUAGCUGCACAAUGGUUCCCUUUGCGGCGACUCAGUUCAGCCCAUACCCGGUUUCGUCCGUUUUUGGUUUUUCUGAAACAUUUGUGUUUCAGUAGUGGUUUCUUUUUGCGCCUAUUGCAGCGUUCUACUUUGCGUCGUCCACCACAGAUUAGAUGACUGAUUGUAUCCAUUGCUGCAGAUGUCCCUUUCAUACUACGUCAAUUAUACUCAUUUUUUUCCUCGGUUUUUUAUCUGUGACCUCGUGGCCUAAGUACAUUUUCGGCUAAAAUCCGUUUGCGUUUGCUCGUUAAAUGCUGAACUAGAAAAUUAUAAGUAAGCAGAAGUGGUCGACCAACAAAGCACUCUGUUUGUUGUUAUGAGCUUUCGAACUCUUUCAGGAGUCGAUCGUCAGAGCUAGCAGCAACAACUGAACGGUCGAAAAUCAUAAGACAUGCUAGCAAAUCCUCGCUUGGUGGCGCAAGACUGGAGGCGAUAACGCAGAGCUCUGUACGCCUGCGCCACAUCGACAAACCUACCGACUGAGUUCUCAUCCGAGGCUGGUUCGAAUCAUUUAUCGAGCUGUUUUAUUCCAGUCGCUGGCAAUUAUCUUUCUGGCUGCGAAGUUGAACUCAGGGCCAAUUUUGUAAGUGGGGGCUGCCACUUGUGAUAAUUCGUCGCCUCGUCGCACCGCUAGCUUAUGUUCGUCUAUGUGCGUUCCGAGUGUGCGUCCUGUUUGGCACAGGAUGCGAUACGCUAACACAAAAUGCUGCUCGGGAUUUAGUCGGUCCUUGAUGUUCAUGACCUUGAUGUUCAUUGUGGCUUCAGGCCGGCAUGCAAUUCCAAUGCCCACUUACACAGCAAUGCGCUCGAUCGCUUCUGAAGCAUCCUUUAUGUACAGUAAAUAGUGUUAUGUCCUCGGCAGCGUUGCUGUUUGGAUCCUCUGGGUACGAUCGUGACGGCAGCGACUUAUAAAUGCCUUCGGAUAACUAUUCUGUACAAACCGGUCGGGGAGAUAAUGGGCCUCCUGUACUCUUUCCUUAGUUUGCUGCAAUGAGUUUGGGUCAGUUUAAAGAGCGUUUCCACACAGCUUCGUUUGUGAACCAUCGGAUGAUCGCCGUGUAAACUGCGGAAAUGUAAGUUGUUCAGUGCCUUCAUAUCAGUCGUCUUCUCAGUUUCGUGAUUAUGAUUUCGUCUGACGAGCAAACAAAGCAAGAGCAGUUGCCGGUCCUCUUCCUCAUUUCUCGUGAAUUUUACAUCAGAAAAGACUGUGGUUAGCACGUUGGUGAAAUGUUGUAGCAUGUCUUUCUUUUCGAUAACAAACUGGUCGUCUACGUAACAGCGCCAAAAUACCAGCUCAUAUUGGACGAAGGCAAUCCUUUCUAGCUCCUGUGAGCCUAGUUCUGCAACUACACCGGAGACCGACGAGCUCUUUGGAGUUCGCUUGGCCUGCUCAUAGAUCUGCCCAGCAAAAGAAAAGUAGGCUUGGUGACAGAAUUCAAACAGAUUAAUUAGGUGCUCGAUUUUAAUUGUGCUCUGGCUCUCAUCGCAUUCCUCUUCAAGUUUCUUGCGCAGGACUUCGCGCGCCACGUUUGGCGGGAUUGAUAUGAAUAAGGGCGUCACAUCGAAGGAAACCAUGACUUUAUUCGAUUGUGUCCUCCGACCUCGGUGGUCUAUGAGUAAAAAAGAGGCUGCUUGAACUGAGCUAGUCGAACUGCAUUGGAGAAACGGUAGUUUUGAGUGCAUCCACGUUACCAAGUUAGAGGUGGGGCUGCCGUUUAGGACAACGAUUGGCCGCGGUGGUACAUUUGCUUUAUAAAUAUUUGAAAAGCAAAAUCUGUUAAUUACGAGGAUGAGUCAAGCACUGGGGGCUCCUAUAUUCUGCUAAAAGUCCAGAAACUCGAAAAAGAGCUGGAUGCUUUAAGGGAACUCGUGCAAGCGAACGAUGGUGGGAAAAACGCGGUUAACAGCUCUAGAGUUAGCAAGAUAAAGGGGAAGAUCAAAAUUCCGAAACAGCCAAAGAACAAGGUUUGUGUAAAACCUCAGUGCAAGGACGCCGAUACUAAUGACGAUGGGAAAAUAGCAAAGGAAUCUCCUGUUUCUAUGGAAGACACCCGAUGCGAACCAUCAACUUCUCUCAGCCAUUCCGCGCGUACAGUAGAACCCUUGGAUGGAGUUGAGGAAGCAAGCUCGUGGCAAGGUAAAAUGGGUAAGCACCAUAACAGGAGUACAAAACCCCAGACGAAUCCGGUGGAUCUUCUGAGACCUUCAGCUGACAAGGCCGCCGGAAACAGAACAAAUGAACCCCUGGAUUGUCAGCACUGCGUAGUCGUCCAGGGCCUAUCGGAGUCGAAUGCUCCUACCCCGAAGGAGAGGAUUUCCGCUGACCUCGAUAUGCUUCAACGCCUACUGACCAAGAUGCAUAAUUCAAAUGAAAAGGUAACCAUUCGAGCAGUCUUCAGGAUAAUAAUAAUUUUAUUUAAUGCCAGUUUACAGGCAUUGUCAGGGAAGCGUUAAACACAAAUCUGACCAGCAGUGAAAAAAAACUCCUGUGGAAAAGUAAUAAAAAUAUAGUUGAUGGUGGUUUUUAUGGUUUGGAGGGUUCAGGAGAAAAAAAACUGUUGGCGACAAACUUUCGACCGUCAAAAAGGGAGGGGUUGCACGGUAUAGGAUAUUAUCAGUCGCCAAUUCAUUUCAUGAAUUUAGGGUUAGUCCAACCAGAAGCGCCGAAGAACAGCUGUCGCUGCUGGCCAAAGAAAUCGUCCCUGCUGAGACCGCCGUAGUGGUCAGAGACCACAAACGCCAUCGCUACGGCAGAGUCAAUCAGUGGAUUCAGCACCCACAAUUUGUGGGAGCUUUUCUGAAUGCAAAAAUCGAGUAAUAAUUCUCUUAAAUAAACGAUAAUUUCGCAGAUUUUUUACAUUCCUGGGUAGUUUAUUCCAAAUAGCAAUAGCAUUUAGAGAAAAGACUGAAGCACAGGCCCAGCUCCUGUUACGGAGAAAAUCAUCUCUGCGGGGUCAGCAUCCUGAAGUUUUUUUCAGCCUGAUUACGAAUCAAAAGAGCGAAUAAAAAUGAGAGAGCUAAUAACUUAGCUGGAAAAGCGGAGAAGCAGCGGCGAAACACACCUACAAAUCAAAAACGGACAAAUAAUUCAGGUCAAAAGGACAUUUCUGUGGCCGAAGCCAGUCAUUCUGACAGCCUAACUGAUGCAAAGGUGCCAACUCCUGAGGCUGCUCGCAUCAGUGGCCGUUGUCUAGAAAUCUAUUACACUAACUGUCAGAGUCUUCUAAACAAGCUAGAUGAACUCAGAUUAUUAGUCUCUGAACAGAAGCCACACAUAAUUGUCCUAACAGAGACAUGGUUGAAUGAGGAAAUUAGUAGUAGCGAAGUCAGAAUUGAAGGCUACCAACUGUUCCGUUGUGACAGAUUUCAGCGUAGAGGAGGAGGCAUAGCGAGUUAUGUGUCAAAUGAAAUUGCGUGCUGUCAACGAGAAAUAUCCGAUGGUGCGCCCCGAAAUUUUGAAAUAAUUUCAUGCAAGAUAUUUAUCAAACAAUUACCGACACUGAUCCUGUAUGUUGUCUAUCGGCCUCCUAGCUCGAAUGAAAUCGCCCAUAUGGAAUUGCUUAGUGCACUGAAGUUGUUAUGUAAGCAGGAGAACUUACUACUUAUGGGUGACUUCAACGCUCCAGGAAUAGACUGGAACAUUCCCCUAACAAACGCCCCGUCCACGUAAUUUGACCACAAGCUACUUCAACUCUCCCUGAAUGAAUACCUCAUUCAGCACAUAAAAUUCGGAAUAAGAAUGAGAGAAGGACAACAAUCUAACUGUUUAGAUCUCGUUUUCAGUAAAGAAGAAGGAGACAUAAGGGAAGUGAAUCCACAACCUCCACUCGGUUUAAGCGAUCAUAUUGCUUUUGCCUGCGUGUGCUCUCUCCUAUCCAACCAACAACCGGAAAUCCAGAGGCGCAGAAAUAUUUGGAAGGGUGACUUUAACGCAAUGAGACGCACUCUUUUGGAGGAAACCUGGUUGGUCAACACAGAAGAUUCAGACGAAUUUUGGCAGUACUUUCGCGGGAUUAUAGAGAGCCUAACUGACUCCCAUUGUCCAAUAAAAAUGACAAGAUCAUGUUCGCGACCGCAGUGGGUCAAUCCGACGACAAAAAAGACCAUGAAGAAGAAACAGAGACUGUGGAAAAAGUAUUUGCAACUUUGAGAUCCAAGGUCAUUCGCCGAAUAUAAGGAUCAGCGCAAUAAAUGCCGCAAAGAAAUACGGGUUGCUAGAACUUCUUUCGAGCGCCGACUGAUAGCAGAAUCCAUUGCAUGUCCCAAGAUAUUUUACGGGUACAUCCGCAGUAGGAGGAAACAUAGGGACGAAAUUGCGUGUCUUAAGCAUAGCCUCGGAAACUUAUUAGUUGAAGGGCCACAGAAAGUGCGAUUACUGUCUCAGUUUUUUCAAUCGGUUUUUACGGAGGAGUCCUUAGAAGACAAUCGGCAGUUUGAAAUGGACCGAGACAACCGGGAGCUUCAAAUGCGCUGAGAUAUUGCCGUCAUUGAAACCAUCGCCUUAACUUGCCUCCCUUGCAAAACGAUGAAAGCUAUAGUAAAGAGCGCCAUACAGCAAUUUUGUGAAGAAAAUAACACCUUGCAGGAUUUUCAACAUGGCUUCCGGAGAGGACGUUCCUGCCUCUCAAAUCUGUAAGCUUGUCUGGAGAUCUGGACCAAGGCUCUAGAAGAGGGUUUUGAGGUCGAUGUCGUGUACAUCGAUUUCCGCAAAGCUUUUGACACUGUCUCGCACCAACGUCUUCGUCACAAAUUGAGCGCCAUCGGCAUCCGGGGAGAUCAUCUGAACUGGAUUAGGGCGUUUCUGGUUGGUCGGAAACAACGUGUCUGUAUCGGGGAUGAUAUGUCAGAAUGGGUGAACGUGACCAGUGGUGUGCCGCAAGGCUCAGUUCUGGGACCAUUGCUCUUCAUCCUUUACGUUAACGACAGCCUUCAGGAAUUCGACUGCGGCAAAAUAAUGUUUGCAGACGAUGUUAAGCUCUGGCAAGUCAUUAAGGGUCCGAAUGAUCAGAGAUCCCUUCAAGAUAAUCUGCAUCGACCGCAAGCGUGGUCGAAGAAAUGGCUUCUAGAUUUCAAUGUGGAGAAGUGUGCCGUCCUUCAUCUGCGUCCAACCAACUCUCAUUCAAAUGAGCGCCUGAGGACAUAUCACCUGAAAGAUAUAAGGCUCCCCGCAGAAUCUUCACAGAAGGAUCUCGGGGUUUGGAUACAGAACAACCUGUAA